AUGUUCAAGAGGAUAUGGCUAAUUUGGUCGACAAUUGCAGAGGCGUCCAGAAUUCAGGCAAACUGGUUCUACCUCAGCACCACUGUGAUCCCAACUGACCUGCCAUACACAGAUGUGACACUUUCGGCGACUUAUAAUAUCAUCAAUUGGGACAGCUCGACCUUCUCUUGGGUUUGGAGCACGGGCGCUGCAAUUCAGUUCGCCACCACCUUGACCAUCAGCCAGUCCGGGUUUUACGCUUUCCAGUUGGACUUCAGAGAUGGUGCGCGGCUGAAGUUCGGUGACAUCAAUGUUCAAGAUACUCCAAUUCUUGAAUUGGAUGGGAUCAUCGAUGGCACGGGGGAGAACAUCCGCACCUCCACGCCUCAGUAUGUGGAGGCCGGGAGCUACCCGGUCUACCUCGAGUACUUUACCGUGAAGAGUGGAUAUUCACGGUUGAAGUUCUACUACCGAGGACCCGAUACUGGAGAUGAAUGGGCAUUGGUAUGUUCUGGAGGCGCCAGCACUUGCUCCCCGCUGGACCCCCCCCACAAGCCAGAGAUUACAGUCUUUGGUGACAAUCCCAGCUAUUUCUUGAAAAAUGCCUCGGCGGACUAUGAAGAUCCUGGAUCCCAAUGCUUGAGCGGCGACGAGGACUCCGUCAACAGAUGGGCCUGGGAGGUCGUUCUGGAGAAACCAUCUCUGGGGACCACUGGCACCUUCUAUACGAACUACACCUGCGAGGAUAGCUAUGGCCUUAUCGACACGGCAAACCGUGAGGUGAUUAUACGCGAUGUGCCAUCCAUCACAUUGAUCGGGCCAACGCCGUUUGUGUUACUCAAGGAUGAUACCUUUUCCGAUCCACAGGCCUGUUGUUUGGACUUUGCGGGGAACAGCCUCUCAGUGGUGUCCUUCCAGUCAGUCACCAGCGACGAAGGGGUCUACGAGACCAGUUACACCUGUGUGGACCCCUUGAUCAGCUACAUGGUCACCGCAAAUCGUCAAGUGGUUGUCAACACCGAGCCUGUUAUCGAGUUGCUGGGCGACAGCACGGUGAAGAUCACCAAGGGAACCGGAUAUGUGGAUGAUGGUAUAGUAUGUCAUGACGCUGAAGAUGGGCUCAUCACCAACAUUCGCCCGGACAAUGAAGAGAAGCCUGGAUCAAUUUGCAAAUGA